AUGAAGGCGUUCCAUCUACGGUACUGGAAUCAAAGAUCGGAACAAGAGAGUUUCGCAUCCUUCUUUGAGAUAUUCGUCUCCAAGGGAUCCGUUCUUGGGAGGGAAUGUCGCAUUUUCAAAUGCAGUAAGAAUAUCGAUGGCACAUCCGGUCUUGGGGACGUAUCACGAAUUGAAGCAGACCAUGACUCUGAACCGACAGUUGGGAAGAGCCUUCGAUGUCCACCAGUGCUCUCGGUAUUUUCUUAUGCUCUUCACUAUUUGGCGUCUGAAGGAUUUGUAUGCGCCGUCGUGUUCUGCCAGUUGUUACGGAUUUCCUGGAGUCAAUCAGGACAAGUGACCUCGACGGUAUCCAGUGAUCAUUUGACCCUAUAG